AUGAGAAUGACCACUCGGUCGCCUCCAAUGAUGUCGAACCCUUUCUCUUUCCCCGAAUUUGACACUUCUUCCUUUUUCCAUGCUUCUUUCGCAUCCCCACCGCCUGCUCCGGCUUCGGGGCCAUCUCUUCUCGAUGAUCAGGAAAGCAGCGCCUUCGCCGACUUUCUCGACAAGGUUGGAUCAGGGGCCGACAGUGCCUUUGUAUUCGACCCGAAGAUGUCGUUAUUCGAUGCAAAGAUACCAGACCCCAUGAUGUGGGGUUGGCACGAAGAUACGACGACCGAAUAUCCACUCCAACCAUCGACAAAUCCAACCUCCCUGUUGACGACAAAUAUGAUUACAACGCCGCUAAGCUCGGAACGGAGUACUUUUGCACUAAAGCAGGCGAAUGACGACAAUACUAGCAAGGCUGCCCCGGUGCCGUCGAUAGCUCCAGCGGAAAUUAACCUGGACCCAUUCGCAGCGUUACACCAGGUCGCUUCGGCGAAGGCUGCCCCCGCCGCGACGAACGAGCGACCACAUUUGUCGAUUCCGGUACUGCAAUGGGGUUCUGAUCCGAACUUCAAGUUUGGCGGCUAUUCGAGUACAGUAGCCAAGGAAGUCCAUUCUAAGAAAGAAGAUAUGCUAGUUGAGAGAGCCAUGGCAAUGCUGGCCAAGGGAGGCUACUCGGGAAACACAACAGCUGUCAAUACCACCGUCAAUUCCCCAGCCGAAAACAGAUCAUACCCUGGAGUUAAGGUGCUUGAAGACGAAGAGUCGAUAGUUUCACCAUCGAAACGAAGAAAAUCCUUCCAUCGGAAGACUUCAGAGGAGGAUGAUGAAUCGUCGUCGUCCAGCCCACACCCAUCGCGGGCGAGAUCGAAAUCAAUGGCCAGCAAGGACGACCUGACAAGUCCCAUCGCCUCAAAGCAAAAGAAGAAGAAGAAGCCAAAGGGCCCCAAGAGGGAAAACUUGUCGGAGGCACAGAAGCGUGAGAAUCACAUUCAGAGCGAACAAAAGAGGCGGAAUCUCAUCAGGGAGGGGUUCGAUGAUCUUUGCAAUUUGGUCCCGGAUCUGAGAGGAGGCGGGUACAGCAAGAGCGCCAUCCUGAUACAUGCUGCAAACUUCCUUGAGCAACUGGAGGACGGCAACAAAGCACUGCAGUUACGUGUCAAGCAACUCAGCGGUAGUGCUGCAUAA